AUGGCGGCUUACAACUGCACAUUUGAUGUAAUAGCCAAGGGAGAAGAGUGGCUCUGUCCCCGUGAAGGAAAAUGUGACAAUCUAACCUCUGACAUGAACGCAAGCCACAUCAGUGAUGCCUGUCUGCCAGAAGAGGAGUAUCUGGAAAAAUAUCUGGGCCCUCGUCGAUCAUCUGUUUUCUUACCCAUCUGCCUGAUCUAUCUCAUCAUCUUCUUGAUUGGCAUCGUCGGAAAUGUGCUGACGUGCACGGUCAUCGCACGCAACAAAGUCAUGUGGACGCCAACAAAUUACUACUUGUUCAGCUUAGCCGUGUCCGACCUGCUGGUGCUGCUUCUUGGCAUGCCAUUAGAGCUGUAUGAGCUGUGGCAGAACUACCCGUUUCUCCUGGGGAAAGCUGGCUGCUAUUUCAAAACCUUUUUAUUUGAGAUGGUCUGCCUGGCAUCCAUCCUCAAUGUGACAGCGCUAAGUGUGGAGCGUUACAUUGCGGUGGUGCACCCACUGCGAGCAAAGUAUGUUGUGACACGCACACACGCCAAGCGGGUCAUCUUCACAGUAUGGGGCGUGUCAGUGUUGUGUGCUGUGCCCAACACAAGUCUGCAUGGGAUCGUCACCCUCCACAGGCACUUCGCCGGCCCCACUGGAAACGCAAAUGUGGAAAUUCGUGACUCUGCCAUAUGUACGCUUGUGAAGCCACACUGGGUGUACAACCUGACCAUUCAGGUGACCACCUUCUUUUUCUUCAUCCUCCCCAUGCUCACAAUCAGCGUUUUAUACAUGCUCAUUGGGCUGCAGCUGAAGCGUGAAAAGAUGUGCCAGGCGUUGGAGGCAAACUCGAGUUUCGGACAAGACAGCUUCUGUAACAUCCGAACACAGCAGCAAAAGGCACGUCGCCGGCAGGUCACAAAAAUGUUAUUUGUUUUAGUCGUGGUGUUUGGAAUCUGCUGGGCACCGUUUCACACUGACCGCCUCAUGUGGAGUUUCAUCAGCGACUGGACUGACACCCACCUGGAAGUCUUUGAGUACGUGCACAUCAUCUCCGGCGUGUUUUUCUACCUCAGCUCAGCAGUCAACCCCAUCUUGUACAACCUCAUGUCCACACGCUUUCGAGAGAUGUUCAAGGAAGUGAUGUGCCAUCGGCCGCAUCACAUUACUCCCAGAAAACACUCGCUCAGUGUCACCCGGGUGACGCUUCGCAGCACCCUCAGUGAUGCUCCGCUCGGCAACGGGGGCGUCGCUUCUGAGUCCAACACAAAAGGUGGAGAAGUGAAAAUGAAGGAUGAGAACAGCUUUUCAUUGAAACUGCAAACUUAA